GAUAGAACAACCAACGAUAUAACACACAAGGGGGGAGAUUGACUAUAUAUUAACAGGCGCGUGUCUGUUGGUGCGUUUUUUUUUUUUUUUUUUUUUUUAAAUUUUUUUUUUUAUUUAUUUACUAUUUUUUUUGUUGCUUUUAUACCGUUUUUGUUUAAAAAGAGGGGUUUGUGGUUGGUACAAGAGAGUUGUAGUUUUGUCGUUGCCCAGCACCUUACCCAGUCUCACUGUGUCCUUCACGUUGUUCAAAUGCUGUUUGUAACGCGUUUUAUCGUUAUUUUAACGAUAUUGUUUUGUCUUAAAAAGUGUGAAAGUGGUGUACGUGGUGAGGAUGCUAUUCCAUUUAUUCAACGUAAAUCAGAUCGUCCAAAAUUAUUACAUGGUAUUAAUAAAACUGACAUGUUAUAUCCGGAAUAUCAAAUACCAGCAAUAUUACAACCUGGAAAUGUAUCACAAUUUUAUUAUUUAAAUCAUCGUGAUGGUACACCAUUGACAAUACUGGUAACACCAUGCACAGGACAAAUAUCAUGGACAGUAACAUCAUUUGAACCACCCGAAGAUAAUAAUCCAACAAAUGAUGAAACGAAAUCAUUAUCAAGGUGGCCUGUUAAUGCACUUAUACCUGGAUCACCGUUAUUCAACUAUGAUGGUGAUGAAGCACAGAACUUUACAAUUCCACGUGUACGAGCUGGCUUGUACAGGCUUGAAAUAAAAACAUCACUUGAUACAUAUAAAAAAGAUUCAACACCAAAGACGGUACUUCUUUAUGCUACAUCAAGUGCACUUGAUCAUUUACCAAUAUCAUAUGAAAAUACAAAAGGAAAACGACAUCGUGCACUUAGAUUUCAACCAAGAAGAAAUCGUAGAAGACUUACUGUAUCAUGGAGUAAAAGUCAAGUUGAUCCACAUUUAUCAAGUUAUUGUCUAGCAGUUACAUCUGGCUCGUCAAUUCAUCCACCAACACUUUGUGCUGCUAAAAAUAAACUUCAUAAUUAUUCAAAACAAACAAAGGGUAGUUCAUCAAGAGAAAUACAACACAGGGGUCCACCUGAAGGUCUUCAUUGUGUUCAUCAAACAAGAAUAACACUUCAUGGAUUAAAAUACAAUAUGACAUAUAAUUUUACACUAUAUAUUGUUAGCAUGAGAAAUAAUGUAUCAAUUCGUGUUGCAACUGAAUCAUUAAAAUAUCGUAAACCACUUGCACAAGUAUUACAAACUGGUCACUAUGUUACAGCAAAUUUACGUAAAAAUGAUGGUUAUUUAAAUUUUCGUUAUCAACCACAGCAUAAUAAUACAACUGAAUUUCAUGUAUUACCAUGUGGUGAUGGUAUUGUAAGAGCUAAAUUACGUGGUCCUGGUAUAAACAAAAAAAAAGAAGUUAUUGGUCAUGCAUUAUUAAGAGCACCAUCAUUAGAACCAGGUAAAAGAUAUAUACUUCGAAUAACAGCAACACCACAAGAAUUAAAUAAAAUAUCAUCAGUUAAAGUACUUGCAACACAAGAAGGUUCCAUAACAUAUCCAGAGGUACCAUCAAAAAGUUAUCCACGUGAAUAUCGUUCAUUACGUAAAUGUCAUGAAGUUACAGUUGGUGUUGAAUCAGCUGGUACUGCAAAAUAUUGUAUAUUAGUACGUGAAUUACGUGAUACAACAUCAAUAAAUAGUUUAACAAGUAUACCUGAUCAGUGUGGUUUACAUAGACGUCGUAGAUCUGAAUAUACAUCUGAACGAUGUGAAGAACAUAUAUCAACACAAGAUAAACGUGCAUUAACAUUUACAAUUAAUAAAUUACAACCAGGUAAAUCAUACUCAAUACAAAUAACAGCUCAAGUUAAUGGACAAUCAUUGUCUUAUCCAUUAAUUGGUGUACGUACAAAAAAAAAUUGUCAAACAUAGAUAUUUUAUUUAAAUUUGUUUAUUUUUUUUUAUUAUUUUUUAUCAUUUAAUUAAUUCAGGAUAAAGCACAAUUAUUAUUUUUUAUUUUUUCAAUUAUUAAUAUUAAUUUUAAUCAAUAUAUAUUUUUAUUAAACAUUAAUAAUUAUUAUUUUUUGUUUAUUUAAUUUAAUAAUUAUUUUCGAAAUUGAAUUUUUUUUUAUUUUCUUAUUUUAUGUUAAUUUGUUUAUUUAAAUUUUAAUAGUUAUUUUUUAUUUAUUAUUGUUAUUAGUAUUAUCAUUUAUUGAUAAUUUUAUAAUCAAUUUAAAAAAAAAAAAAAAAAUUGAGCUUUAUCUGAUGAUUUAUAGUAUAAAAACCGGUUUUUUGUUUUUGCUAAUUUUUUUUUAUUUUUAAAAAACUUUGUACAUAAAACUGUAUGACUGAGUAUGUGUGUGUGUGUGUGUGUGUGUGUAAACAUAUAAGUUAUCAUCAUCAUCAAUUGAUCAAUCGACUCUUCUAAUUUUAUUUCAUUUUUUUUUAAUUUUUUUUCUAACGUAUUUUUGUACUUUGUUGAUCUUGAUUAAUUCAAAUGAAAAAAUUCGCAUUUAAUUAUAUUUAUAAAUAAAAUAAAAUAAAUAAUUAAAUGAAUAAUUAUUCAUUUAAUUAAUUAUAAUUUUAAUAAUUGAUUUGGCUGUUUUCAAGUAUUAAAAAAAUUUUAUUUAAUGAAGAAAAUUUAUACGUAUUCAUUUAAUGUAAACAUUUUCAUGGCCAGA